AUGACUCUGUACAGAGCCUCUGUGCUCCUACUGCUGCUGAUGGCCUCUCAGAGCCAGGCUCUGCCUGUCCCAGACACUGAAGACCUACUCCCACAGGAGGAGAGCACUGAAGACCUGCUCCCACAGGAGGAGAACACUGAAGACCUGCUCCCACAGGAGGAGAACACUGAAGACUUGCUCCCACAGGAGGAGAACACUGAAGACUUGCUCCCACAGGAGGAGAACACUGAAAGCAAUGACAUUGAAGACAACACUGAGAACAUCGGAGAGAAGAUCUUGGCCUCCAACAACCAAUCAGCUGCAUUCCUUGAGGAAGGAGACCUGUUGCCUUCUAGUAAAAGGAACGCCAUCAAGUGUGGUUACAACAGCUGCCUCUGGCCCAAAGGCCCUGAUGGCCUGGUCUCAAUCCCCUACACUGUGAGCCGUGACUUCAAUUCUUAUGAGAAUGGAAUUAUCAGUAGUGCUUUGGGGAGCUUUGCAUCCAAAACUUGCAUCCGCUUUGUCCCCCGUCGCAGCGAGAGAGACUUCAUCAGUGUUGAGAACCAAGCAGGCUGUUUCUCUUCUCUUGGGAAGCAGGGCUGGCGACAGGUGCUGUCACUCAAUAAAAAUGGUUGUGUUUACACCGCCAUUAUCCAGCAUGAGUUCAACCAUGCUCUGGGCUUCAAGCACGAGCAGACCAGGAGCGACCGCGACCAAUACGUCCGCAUCAACUGGAACAAUAUUAUACCUGACAUGGCCUACAACUUUGAGAAAUCUGACACCAACAACUUGAACACGCCUUAUGACUACACCUCUCUGAUGCACUACGCAAGUACUGCCUUCAGCAAUAACGGCCACGACACCAUCACUCCCCUCUCUCCUCGCCCAGUCAAGCUGGGACAGACUCAAGGUCUGUCCGACUGGGACAUCAAGAGGAUCAACAUGCUCUACGGCUGCUAA